GACCCACCCAGCACCACUUCCUCCUUCUUAUUUGUACACCCAUAAUCUCCUGCCUAGCUUUCCUCCAUAAUUCUAUGUUCCAGGUGGUUGACAAAUCAUAAUAUUUAAGCAGACCUAAAACAUAAGCUGACAUAAUGCCAAAAAAAAAAGGAGUUGUACAUGGGCAAAUGUCUUGGAGAUUUGCACAAGUUAAGUGACGUGAAAACACUUUCAACAAAUAAUGUGGCUAUCAUUAUUAAAUCAAACAAGAAAGUUUUUGAAGAUGCAGAGGCAUAUGACUUACAGGGAGAUGAAGAGAGAGCAUUUAUUUUUUACAUAAAAUACUUUAAUAUGCUUCGUCUCAUAAAAUCCAAACCUGAGUAUAAAAAACAAAAAGAUUAUUUUGAUAAACUGAUAGGGAGUUCUAAUCAAGUAAAAGCUAUUGAACGAGCAGAGAAACUUGCUGAAAGUUUAAAAGAAAGAUAUGAUCUAAACGAAGCAGAAGCUAUUGCCAAUACAUUGUCUGUACUAGAAGCAGAUGAAGAAAUUGCUGUGAGAGAGAAUGUUAAAGAUGGUGUUGAGGAGUCAAAUAAAAAACUGGAGGAAACACAAUCAGAUGUUACAUCAAGUUCAAUCAGCAGUUUAAAUCUUUGUAAUUUACUUCGAGACAAUACAACUAAAGUAGUUAUCAUGGAUGUUCGCUCAGCUGAAGAUUUUAAUGCAUCACAUAUAAGUCAUUCUGACUGCAUUAGUGUCCCUGCAGAAAUUAUAUCACCUGGCUCAACUGUGAAACACAUAAGUGCUAAUCUUCCCAGCAAAUCAACAGCUACCUGGUGUCGAAGAAUGAAUGCAGAUCAUAUAAUUUUAUUAGACUGGAAUUCUACCUUAGAAAAUGUUUCAUUUGGCCACCCAUUAAAAACUCUGAAGGAUGCACUCUAUAAGUUUAACACCAGCUGCAUCAUCAAAUCAGAGCCACUUGUGCUGGAUGGAGGCUAUGAAUCCUGGCUUUUAUUUUAUCCCACACUAACUACAAAUCCCCAUGUGAUUAGGCCUAGUGACUCUAUCCCUGCUAAAGCUCCUUCACCUACUGUAACCUUGGGCUUUGAUUACCAAGCCCAGCUGCCAUUACAACCAGCCCAGCUGCUAUUACAACCAGCCCAACUGCCUUUAUCUGCUUUAGGAAGUAGCAAUUCAGCAGGUUCAAAGUUAAAACCAUUUCCACAAUUUGAUCGUAAACUUAAGCCAUCAAAGACAGACGAUGUGGAUUUGUCUUUUGACAGUAAUAUAAGCCCAUAUAUAAAGAAUUCAUUUGGUGACAAUGUUUCUCAACUUGAGUACAAUUUAGAAUCUGUUCACAUGAAAUCAUUUAAAAAUAAAAACUUGAACAAUGAUAUACUGGCCCAUGGACCUAAAAUCAACAACUUAACAAUAAAAAACAACUUGGUCUCCGAUAUUAAUAGAGGAGAGAGAGAGAAGAAUGGGUGGAAAGAAUUUCAGCCAAAUAUUGUUGUGCUGCCCGGACAAGACAAAAUCAUGGACAUAGAGAAAAGUUUGAAAGAUCUUCAGCUUCUGAAAACGAAGGAAGAACAAGAUGCAGCUGCUCUGCUGUGGUUAAAGAAAAAGUUAAAGGAGAAUCUUGACGAGGAAGCAAAACAACAGGAAGACCAGAGAAAAUUCCUUACUUUGGAAGAAGAAAAAAGGCUUCUAGGUUUAGAAGAGGCAAAACGUGACGAAGCAGAAACGAAGCGUAGGAUGGAAGAAGUGGAGAAACUACGGCAAGACAGAACAAAAGACACACAUUUGAAAGAUAUGGAAAGAAACCUUAAAGAAGUCAUUUUAAUUAUAACAUUAGAAAGUUAUUUUAUUGUACAGGAAGAAGAAAAAAGAAAGCUGAUGGAGGCUGAGCUACUGCAACUAAAAAACAAGUCAAAAGACAGUGAGAACAACCUGGGCAGGUUGGAGGUGAAUGUUGUAGAUAAAGGGGAUGAUGGCAGGCCUGGUGUUGAUAAUCAAAAUAUUAGAGAGGAAUUUGAAGAAAGGGUGAUUAAGGAAAGAAGACAAAAUGAAGAAGAGGAAAAAAGAAGAUUAGCAGAAGAGCAGAAAAGAGCAAAGAAGGACUUUGAAGAGAAGAAAAGAGCUAUACAAGAGUUGUCAGAAAGAGACAGGGCUAGGCGUGAAAUGAAAGAAAGAGCUAAACAUGAAUUGGCAGAAAGACAGAGAGCUAGACGUGAAUUGGAAGAGAAAGAAAGAGUUAAACAUGAAUUGGCAGAAAGGGAGAGAGCUAGACGUGAAACGGAAGAGAAAGAAAGAGUUAAACAUGAAUUGGCAGAAAGGGAGAGAGCUAGACGUGAAUUGGAAGAGAAAGAAAGAGCUAAACAUGAAUUGGCAGAAAGGGAGAGAGCUAGAAGUGAAUUGGAAGAGAAAGAAAGAGCUAAACAUGAAUUGGCAGAAAGGGAGAGAGCUAGACGUGAAUUGGAAGAGAAAGAAAGAGCUAAACAUGAAUUGGCAGAAAGGGAGAGAGCUAGACGUGAAUUGGAAGAGAGAGCUGCACAAAAGACUAAAAUAACUCCAGAAAGCUCUUUUAAUAAAGCCGCUGGACAGACAAGGGUGACAGUUGUACCAUCACAAAAUCUGCCUGAUGGCUGGGAAAAGCGCCUUGACCCGGCCACCAACAGAUACUUCUACAUUGACCACAAUAGUGGGAGUACACAUUGGACUGCUCCUGCUAUGCCACUUUCUAAACCCACAGAGACAUUCAAGAUGCCUCUUAAAGAUGAGCCAGCAGUUUUAAGUCACUCACAUUCUUCCCCAAACAUUAAAAAGCUACUAGAAGAUGAAGUGGCAAACAAUAAAAUAUUUCCUUCUGUGAACAGGGCCGUUAAGCUUUUACCUAAACAGAUUGUACGAAAACGCGAUUUAAAUCCAGUCUAUGGCAAUGUGGGUCCUGCACUCACCGGGCUUAGAAAUCUGGGCAACACUUGUUACAUGAAUUCAACUAUUCAAUGCCUCAACAACACAACGCCUCUUGUUGUCUACUUUCUUCAAGAUAACCAUCUGUUCACCAUUAAUAGAGAAAGCUCUCAAGGAAUGCAUGGAGAAGUGGUGGAUGAAUUUGCCUAUGUGAUGAAAGCUCUGUGGUCUCAGCAGUACCGAUCUAUAACACCACAAGAUUUGAAGAAUGUGGUUGGCCAGUACAAUCCAAUGUUUUCUGGCGACCAGCAACAGGAUUUACAGGAGUUUCUCAUUUGUUUGCUGGAUGGUUUACAUGAAGGUUUAAAUGAGGUGAAGAAAGCUCCACCUAUCCCAGAACAAGAUAAUGACAGGCUCACAGAUGAGUAUGCUGCACAGAUAGCCUGGCAACAUCAUAAACUGCUACACAAGUCUGUCAUUGUUGAACUGUUUCAGGGGCAACUGAAAUCCACACUAACUUGCGGAACUUGCAAAAAGAUGUCAGUCAAUUUCCAAACCUUCAUGUUUUUGUCCCUGCCUAUUCCAGCUUCUUCUAAAUGCUCUCUGAAGGACUGUAUUAAAGAAUUUCUAAACCCAGAACUGAUGACAGGGAGUAGCAAAUGGAAAUGUCCGCAGUGUAAAGUGGAGAGAGACUCCAAGAAAAAAAUUGACAUUUGGAAACUGCCUCCUAUUCUACUGAUUGGAUUAAACAGGUUUCAUGCCGAAGGGAUGUGGAUGCAGAAGAAAACCACUUUUGUUGAUUUCCCACUUGUGGAUUUAGACUUCUCCCCCUACAUUAUAGGCCCUCGUCCUCGCAACAAAUAUAAUUUAUAUGGAGUAUCAAAUCAUUAUGGUACAAUGGAAGGUGGUAAUUACACAGCAUUUUGCCGCAACUCUGCCAAUAAAAAAUGGUACAAAUUUGAUGACCAGGAUGUGUACGAAAUAGCAAGUUCUGAUGUGAAGGUUUGUUUUUUUACAAAUUUUGUGUACUUUAUUCUCCCGGAAUACUAAGACAAAACAAUUUUGUCAGGUGUUUAAAGAAUGUGAAACAAUAUUCAAAAA